AUGUCACCAUACAGAAGGAUACUUGCAAUGGGUACAUUCCCAUCUUAUAGUACAUUGUCAUUCUUACGAGGAAUUCCUGACAAUAAUAAGGAAGAAGAAAAAGAAUCAACUGAGCAAAAAUCGACAACCAAUCAAGAACAAUGUAAUACUUCUAAACGACAUAAAAGGCAAGCUACUAAGUCCCCUGAAAGGGGAUCUACUGAUGAUGAACUAGAUGAAGAAGAUUCUGCAAAACUUUGUGACGGACUGGACAAUGGGAAUUUUUUCCCUAAUUUACUACGAAGUACCAUCAUGUGUUCAGGAAUAUGUUCAUUAACCAACCUGAACAGAUUAAGUCUAGAUGAUGUUUUAAAGAGUUAUAAAGGUAAGAUCACUGAUGUGGGUCAUAUUCCAUAUGAAAAGAAAAGAAUUAGUAAUGAUACUGUUGAUAAUCUACCCAUUGAUGGAGCUUUUUCUGAUUUGCAGCCAAUUUCAGAACCCAACCAAAUAUCACAAUUUGAAUCAACUUCUACAAUAUCUCAUUCCCCUCCUCGUGUACCUUCUGCGACUAUACAGAUGGACUUGGAAUCUUAUGAAAAUGCAUUAUCAUCAGAAGAAAUACCGUCAGGAGGAGAUUCAUUAGAGUCUCUUGGUGAAUUCAAUACAUUUGUUGCAGAAAAUGUACCAACCACUUUAAUUAGUAGACAAGAUAGUAACCGGAGUAAUAAUGUAUUAUCAAGAUUACAACAAACUGUUAUACAAAAUCUUGAUCCACAUUUAGUUAAAGAAAGUUUCCUUACAAAAUUUAAAAGUGGUGGUGGUUCAAUUAAUGAUGCUAUGAAGAAUAAUGAUCAUGUAAGGAUAAAAGUUGCCAAUAAACUUCAAAGAACUUUUGGAUUAUCAGAAAAUGAUCAUUUUUAUGGAAAUUAUCGAUCUUGGUUAGUUAAGGAUGUAUUAUUACAAGGUCAUUUAUAUCUUACUUCUGAUUCAUUGAUGUUUUUUUCAUAUCUACCCAAAUCUGAUGAACUUGUUGAAGCUGCUGGUGUGGUCAAUUAUGAUGAUUCAUCGAAUAUAAUCCAAAAAGGAAAUUUGGGAAUGAAAACUGGGAGAUAUGGUGAUUCCAUAUUAGGUUCGGUUCUAUCACAUAGAUAUUGGGCAAUCUUGAGAGAUGAAGCUUUGAGUAUCUAUAGUUCAUCUACUAAUCUAUAUUUCCCCACCUUAAUAAUUGAUAUAAAAUCAUGCAUUUAUGCAGAAGUCAUAGAUAAGGAUAAAUAUGAAAAGGAGGCUCUUUCCCCCAUCGGGAGAGGAAGAACAGAUGGGACUGUUACACCAACCGGGAUCAGAAGUGGAUAUCUUUCUGGUGCUGUUUCUCCAACCCAUGCCAGAACCAGAUCAAUGGAUGAUUUCUUGGAUAUUCAAGAUGUGAUAUCUAAUGAUCCAGUAGCUACUAGUGAAGAAGGUAUUGAAUCCUCAAGCAAUCAUGUUUGGUUUAAGUUGGUGACAGUUAAGAAAACAUAUAAAUUCCAAUGCGAUAGUUUGUUUGUUGCUAGAAAAUGGUGUAAUAAUCUUACGAAGUUGAUAUUCCUGUUAAAUAAUUCUAAUUCCAAGAAUGAGGUGUUGGUAAAAGUUCCACUUGUCAAUAUUAUAGAACAUAGUCUGAGAAGAUUCUUUACUGAAGAUUCAACUGAUGACACUAAAGAUGAAGAUUUGAGGGAUGAUGAUGAUCCAUUCUGUUGGACUCUAAGAUAUCAUACCAAUGAGGAUGAAAAUAGCAAUCGAGUCAAGUUAAAGAAACGAUUCAAGGGAGAAGAUAAUGAAAGCGGGGUUGAAGAAGUAUAUUUCUUAUUCCCCGUGAAUGGUUCUGACUUUCUUACGAUGUUUGAAAAGGUAUAUGACGAAAGUAAACGAACUUCCAAAGAACGUGAAAGUGGUAGAUUUAAGAUGUUUUCAGAUCGAUUCAAAAGAGGUGCUGGUCUGACUGGUGUUUCGAAAUCAUUUUCAACCUUGACUCCAUCUUCUAAUACAUUGGUUAAAAAAGUAAUUGAGAUGAAUAAUAUUGAACAGAGUACUUCUGAUCUAUGGACUAUACCAACACCUGAGAAAUCCAAAUUGAAGAAAUUUGGAAAAGUCAUUGCCCAUCCCAGUAGGAUCUUUUCAUCGAAAUCGAGUAUUGAUGACUCGAUCACAGUAGAUCCAUCAUCAGCCUCUACUGUGAGGAGAUAUGAUACAUUUAGAAGUGAGCUCGAUCGUAGUAGUGGUGGUGUCUAUAAGGCAUCUGAAAAUGAUUCAGAAUCUGAUUUGAGUAUAAAAAGUCUGAAAACAGCCGCUUCAUGUGUAUGGAAACGUGAUAAUGCUAUCGGAAAGGGGAUAAAGAAAUUGUCUAAUAUUACCAGCUAUUAUUUUGCAACACCUUCACAUUAUCAGAAAUUAACUGUUGGAUCAUCCGAUCCAUAUUAUGUUUCGAGUAGAUUGGAAAGAUCAAAAGAACAAGAUGAUUUCCGGGAAUAUUUCUCAUUGAAUAAGGAUUCGAAAUUGAUUGCUUGUUAUUAUUGUCAUUUAGAACGGUCGUCAAUUCCUGUGUUUGGAAGGAUUUAUGUUGGUGAAUCGGAAGUUUGUUUCCGUAGUUUGUUGCCGGGUGUGUCUACCACGAUGAUCAUACCGAUGGUCGAAAUUCAUCAUGUAAAACCGGUGAGGGGGAUCAAAUUGGCUUUUUCAAGUAUGAAAUUGACAAGUAGAGGGCAUAAUGAAUUACAAUUUGAAUUUAGUGUAUCUAAAUCCAGAAAUGAUUGUGUUCAAGUUAUUCUCAACCAAAAGGAAAAGAUACUAGUAAAGGCGAAAAUGUCACCAGAAUCGAGUGAAGAUAGUUUAGAAUCGCAAAUACCAGGAAGUCGACAACUACAAGAUAAUAAACGGGAUUUAGAAAUGGCACAAAAGAGAAUCUCCCUAGCGAGAAUAAGAAUGUUUGAAGAUCGAUUAACUACAGCUUCUGGAAUGGAUAUACCUAUCAUAUUAGAAGAUUCACCAUUUCUCAAAACUGAAAUGAAACCUUCUACAUCUUACAAUAUCACCAUGUUAACAAUAGGAUCACGAGGAGAUGUACAACCAUACAUCGCACUCGGUAAGGGAUUAAUGGAAGAAGGUCACAAAGUUACAAUCGCAACUCAUUCAGAAUUUGGACCCUGGAUUAAAAAACAUGGACUCGGAUUCAAGGAAAUUGCAGGAGAACCAGCUGAAUUAAUGUCAUUUAUGGUUUCACAUAGUUCAAUGUCAGUUACAUUUCUAAAAGAUGCCCAAGCGAAAUUUGGAAGUUGGAUUUCUGAAUUAUUGAAUACUAGUUGGGAAGCAUGUCAGGGGUGUGAUAUUUUGAUUGAGAGUCCUUCAGCUAUGGCGGGGAUUCAUAUUGCUGAAGCAUUGGUAGUACCAUAUUUCCGUGCUUUCACUAUGCCAUGGACGAAAUCAAAAGCAUAUCCCAAUGCAUUUUUCGUGCCUGAUCAACGAAAAGGUGGGUCCUAUAAUUAUUUGACUCAUCAACGCAAAUGCUCAUAA